AUGCCAGAACUCCGCCAUCGACAAACAGCUGCAAAACCUGAAAAGGUAGAGUCGCCGCAGCGCAGACGGUCAUCCGACAAUGACAAUGAUGAAGGCCGCGGUAUAAGCUUGCUGGACAUGAUCCGGGUUGUUGUGACCCUGAUCGUAGCUUCCUGUGGUCUGUCUUACUACAUGACCUCGACCGAGUCCAUGCUCUGGGGAUAUAGACCGUGGUUCACACGGUGGCCAGUGGUGAAGCAGUGGGUGGUACGCACAUCCCCUCACAAUUUGAUCCCCCACAAUAUGCCUACAGAAAAGGAAAUCAAGGUGAAGAACAAGAAAACUAAUGUAUACUCGAUGAAGAAUGGCCCAGUAAACCUCACACCAGCUCAAUUAUCCCUCUACACUGGGACAGACGCUACACUACCCCUCUACGUCGCCGUCAACGGGACCAUCUACGACGUCUCCGAGAACCGAAUGAUCUAUGGACCGGGUGGGAGCUAUAAUUUCUUUGCUGGGCGCGAUGCCACGCGCGCUUUUGUGACGGGCUGCUUUAAGGAUGAUCUUACGGCUGAUAUCCGGGGCGUGGAGACUAUGUUCGUGCCGGUCGAUGAUGUCGUUGAUGAGGCUAUUACAUCUGCGCAGAAGAAGAUCCGUCGGGAAAAAGAACUACGGACUGCCAAGGGGAAGGUCGAGGCCACUGUCCAAAGGUGGCAGAAUUUCUUUGCGAAUCACAAGAAGUAUUUCGAGGUCGGAAAGGUGGUUAAUGGGACUGUCGAAGGAGAGGAGUGGCCGCUCUGUGCAAGUGCCGAGAAACAGCGACCGAAGAGAAGUGCGAUGAAGGAGGAGUCGUAG